AAAGCGAAGCGCUUCAACAUCAGCGCUGUCUGCCGGAAACCCACUGUCCAAGCCAUUCAGGGGACCGUAGAAUUACGCUUCGCCAGCACAGAUUCACACCGUUCUCUACCCAGGGUGAUGGGCGAACUCAAGUCCGCCGUUUUGUCAGAGGAGGCCAUGAAACACUAAUUUGUCUACUCAAUUUUCCUGCCCGAUGCUGGUGAAUACAGUCUAGAAGUCUACGCGAACGACCCCCAACGAGAUGGCAACGACUUCUUCGUAGUGAGUACCGCUUAUAAUUUUUGGGUGAAUGACAGUAAUGCAUUGAACCCUUCGCCUGAUCGCCACCUCGGUCCUCGGGUAAAGCGUCAUCUGGGAUUGGAUAUGUCUGGUUAUUUACAGCUUAUGAACCAGAAAUUGCCACUCCAGUCUACAGUAGUCGCCAAAGACCAUGCAAUUUUCAUAACUUUGUAUAAGUUUGAUCAUUACUCGAAUACCAGUGUGAAUGCUUUAGGAAGAUUUAGACUACUCGAAUACCAAUGUGAAUGCAUUUAG